CCCUUCCCCGCCUCCCGCCGGCACCGAGCGGCUCGCGGUGUCGGCACUCCCCGCCGCCGCACCGGCCCCGCCCGCGCCCCCGCGCCGGGACAUGGACUCCGACUCCUGCGCCUCGCCGUUUGCCCCGGAGGACUUCUCCCCCGGCUCCCGGCGGCACCGUACCGUGGAGGACUUCAACAAGUUCUGCACCUUUGUCCUGGCCUACGCCGGCUACAUCCCGUAUCCGCAGGAGGAAACGCCACUGAGGAACAGCCCCAGCCCUCCCAACAGCACUGGAGGCACGAUUGACAGCGAUAGCUGGGAUCCCCGCUUCAAUGACACCCCCUCCUCUGUUUCCCUGCCCACCAAGAACAGAAAGAAUUUCAGUCAGCUUAAACGAGCAAAACCGUACGGUUCCCUGUUCCAGCGGGCAAAGGCCAGCAACUUCCUGCCGGAGCGAAAACAAAUCGAUAAGAUCAGGAAGAAGAAAAAGCUGAAAAGGAGGGAAACAGAGGUGUCUGCAGAGGAGGACUAUGAGGAGAAGCUGCUAGAGCUGGAGGCAGAGGACUCUUAUGCAGAGACACCAAUGAGCCCCUCAUCAGAGGGUGACCCUCAGUCUGUGACCGAGCACUGCUCGGUGUGGGACUCUGACACCCCGUCCACUGUCUCCUACCCCGCUGUGACAACCGAGCAGACGGUGGAGAUCCAGAGUGUGGGCAAACGAACGGUCAUUCGGCAGGGCAAGCAGGUGGUCUUUCGGGAUGAGGACGGCAUUGCUGAUGAUGAGGACAUCAUGGUGGAUUCGGAUGAUGACUCGUGGGACCUGGUCACUUGCUUCUGCAUGAAGCCUUUCGCUGGGCGGCCGAUGAUCGAGUGUAACGAGUGCCACACCUGGAUCCACCUCUCCUGCGCCAAAAUCCGCAAGUCAAAUGUCCCAGAGAUCUACAUCUGCCAGAAGUGCCGGGACUCCAAGUUUGACAUUCGCCGUUCAAACCGCUCCCGGACGGGCUCGCGCAGGCGCUUUCUGGACUAGGGGGGAGGCGCGUGCUGGUGCGCUGCACGGGCGGGCGAGCCGUGGGUGCUGGCUGGGAGGCCGGGAAGGGCCUCCCCAAACUGCUGCUGCUCGGGCGGGAGAGCUGCCCAGCUGGCCCGCGGCACAGGGACGAAGAAUCGCCGAGCUGCGGGCAGCUGGGGCUGGGAGAGACCAACUGGUCAGAACUGCGGCGAGAUACCGACUGUCUUGAGGACAGAUGAAGCUCUCUGAGCUCGGUGGAGUUUUGUCCGGUUACGAUGACUGGGUGAUGUCUGGGGAAUGUAAAAUACCUUUGCCAUACAGGUUUUCUCAUCCCAUCGGGAAACUGCAGAUCUCUGUGCUAGGAAACUCCUCCUCCAAAGAGGGAGGGGAGGAGGAGUAAGUCUAUGUGAAGAGUCUGAAAAGUAAAUGGCCCUGUGUUUUAAAUUCAGUGAAAUAUUAUACCUGCCCAUUUUUCCAUAUAGAUCAAUCUUAGAUACCCUAAGGCUCUGUAGGAGUCAGCAUCAGCCUCUGUGAGAUCUGCUGCCACUUCCACAGGCUUGGGAAUAUGGGAGUUCUGCGAUUUGGCAUUGUCCAAGUGCAAAUGGGACUUGGGGUUCCCUCCUGUGCCAAGGGCCAGCGCCCUGGCAGGAAAGGGCAACCCUUUUCCUGGACAGGCAGUGUGGGCGAUCAGUGGCAUCGGAUUCUUCCCUACAAGGUCUCUCUUCAUAGUGAUUUUUCAUGAUUUUAUUUGCAUGAUCGGCUCAAAUGUGUGUAUGGAGGGAAACAGCUCCGUUUCCUGUCCCUUUGUUAACCUCUGCAGGGCUGUUUUAAGAUGAUGACUCUCCCUCUUCUCAGCCCAGAAUUCUAACAUGGACUUUAAAAUGGGCUAAAGUAAAUAUAGAACCUGGCAGGUCUGGUUGGGAUUUGAUCAUGUCCAUCCAAGUACAACAGCUGAGUUGAUUUGUGUUUUCACUGUUUUUUGAGACUGGACUAUAACCAAAAAGCCAGAACCUUUAACCUACUGGUAGCAAUGACACAGCUCAAAGCGAAUGCAGGUGAUGCAGCUACAGGGUGAAGUGCAAUGAGGAUCCAUCCAGUGCGGGGUGGACAGGAGAGCUAAGGCCCCAGCCAGCCUCAGCCCAAGGGAAAUCCCUCCAGAACCAUGGUUGGGGAGUCACAGCUCAUACACAAGGCCAGGGAGGUGCUGGUGGUGUUCCUCGAUGAGCAGACGCAUCUACAUGGGUCACACAGAUUGGGUUGAUGUUUCAAGGUAUUUCUCUGAAAUUAUGCCUGGGGAAUAGUGUACGCUCUGUCCAGGGAGACCAGGAGGCUCGGGGAGACACUGGCAGGUGCCACAGCCAGACCAGCUGUGCCAGCAGGAACGUGUCCCGAGUUCUGCAGUCACAGCAUUGGAGCACUGCUUUGUCUGAGGACUAGCUUGCUGGGACAUGUGCCCUGGUGAUGACUGAGGGUCUUGCCAGGACACAGGGUCAGGUGCCCUCCUUCAGACAUGCCUUCUGGAACUGCCAAAGCCUCAGGCAGCCCAGUGCCAUGGGGUCCUGGGGCUCCAUGGUGUGCUGGGGCUCCAUGGCGUGGGACAUGGGGGCACAAGAGGUCAGGGCAAUGGGGCUGCAUGACUUGCAACUGUUCUGUCCUGCUUCUUGAUAAAAAUCCUAUUCCACAAAGCUGCUACAGCUGACUUUGGGUUCAGAAAACCAGCUCCAGCUUCUGUGAAAUCUCAAGACCGUGACCAUGCUGUGCCACCUUCAGAAGCUACAUGGAACCACCAAGGAGUUUGCCAAAGACUUGCCCCUGACUGCUGCCUGACUGUUCUUUGCAGCCAGAAAAAUAACCAAAGCACUCCAAUGCUGCCAUUUUACUCUGCAACUGGAAAGGCUUAGGAAGGUCCCAGCUGCUACUGCACAAGGGUUGGACCUGCUCUGAAAUCAGCAUCUCUGUGUUUACAGCAUGUCGCAGUUCAACUGGACCUCCAUGGAGCGCGUUCGUGAAGCUUUUAAGGGAGAAAUGGUGCACUGCCAAGUGAACUGGCUCUUUUUUACAGAGGUUCAACAUUAAUCAAUGUGACUGACUCUUGUUCUGUUCCCUUUUCAGAUUUAUCCUAGUGGAUGGUGUCUUGACAAGUCCAGCACAUUACAAUAUCAGCAGAAAGAAAUAAAAAAGUAACAUCUCCAUUCUUUUAGUUCAUCACUUUCA